AUGGCGCUCGUGUACGGCUCUAAGAAGUCGAUUUCUUGUGACCAGGGGGUCACACCUGCUUCUCGGAACAAUGGGGUGGAAGCCGGUGGACAAUCUGUGGCUACACCCACCAGGAAGACUCGGUCCUUUAAGUGUCUUCUGGCCUUCCUCAUCAUCACCAUCAUCAUUCUCGCAGCCGCAGGAGCCACACUAGCCUGGUACUUCCUGGAACACAGGGUUUGGUUGUUGGAGCCUCGUGUCCAGCAGCAGUACACAGCCUACCUGUCCAUCCUCAACAGGAACUUCUCUGCUGAUCUGUCCUCUCACAACAGCCCUGCGUUCAAGAAAGAGGCCAAGGAAGUAGAGAACAUGGUGAGCAAGGAUUCCUCUGAUACUCAUGUAAAUAAAAUAAUGAAGGGGUCCAGUCUUUCUCGAUAUUUCAACUACACCACUGUGUUUGCCUUUGGGGAAGGGAGUGUUGUGGCUCACUUUUGGAUAGUGAUGUCUGUGCCAGGUAGCCGUGUUGAGUUUGUCACACUGGAGAAAGUCACCAUGAGCCUGGAGAAUGGCCUGAGGGAGUACAAAGAGUCAGGGGAGAGUGAGACGGCCAGCUUCUCCAGAUACCUCCUACACCUCCCCUCGUUGUUUAUCAGUGACUGUUACCGCUACCAGAAGGUGGCGUCUAGCAGCCCCUUGGCUCUCCGUGGCCCCGACACGCAGCGCUCCUCCUGCCUGUGGCACCUCCAGGCCGCCCCUGGCUCCCAGGUGGAGCUCCAGAUGGAGUGGCUGCUGCCGGAGUGCCGGGACAGGCUGGUGGUAUACAACUCACUCACCCCCUCCGACACUUACCUCAUCACAUCCGUGUAUGGCUGCAGCAGACACGAGCGGGUGGUGCAUGUCCUGUCUUCAGGCGAGUGGAUGACAGUGGUUUGGAAACAGGGUCUGUACAACUACAAGGACCCCUUCUCUCUGUCUGCACAGGCCUGGGGCCGCCAGGACUGCAAGUCCACUAUAGAGCUGAAGGCAGUAUUAGGGGUCCAGGGGACACUGAGCACGCCUUUCUUUCCCAGCUACUACCCCCCCGACACCAACUGUACCUGGAGCUUUACUAUGCCCAGUGUAGGCAUGGGCCUGUCUCUGGAAUUCGAGGGCUACGAGUUGAGCAGAGCCAGCUACAACCAGAACUGUACCCAGGGACAGUGGGUCAUCCAGAACCGCAGACUGUGUGGCACCAGGGGCCUGCUGCCAUACAAUGAACGCCUCUUCCUGCUCUCCACAACUGCCACUGUUGCCAUGACAUCAGAGGUGUCACUCACAGGGCCGGGACUUCAGCUGCGCUACAGUGUCUUCAACCUAUCAGAUCCUUGCCCAGGCCAGUUCCUGUGCACUAUUAACGGCCUGUGUGUUCCUGCCUGUGAUGGAAUCAAGGACUGUCCCAACGGUCUUGACGAGAGGAACUGUGUGUGUGUGGCACAGUACCAGUGUCCGGAGGACAGUCAGUGUGUGGACUACUACAAGGUGUGUGACCAACUCCCAGACUGCCCUGAGGCAACAGAUGAGAUGAACUGUACUGAUGGUGUGCAGUGUACAGAUAUGACCUAUGUGUGCGCUGAUGGAACGUGUCUGAAAAAGCCAAACCCACAGUGUGACUUUGUUACCGACUGCCCCGACGCCUCAGAUGAGAAAGCGUGUGACUGCGGCCUAAGGCAGUUCUCCAGCCGUAUUGUGGGGGGGACCAAUGCCACAGAGGGGGAGUGGCCCUGGCAGGCCAGCCUUCAGGUGCGGGGUACGCACAUCUGCGGGGGCGCGCUAAUCUCCAGCCAAUGGGUGGUGUCUGCUGCUCACUGUUUCUAUGACGACCGUGUCUACUCCCCCUCGAUGUGGACGGUUUACCUGGGGAAACUCCUGCUCAGCCGCAGCAGCCCUACUGAAGAAGUGGCUCGUGUUAAGCAAAUCCACCUCCACCAAUACUACGACGACGAGUCCCACGACUACGACCUGGCCCUGCUGAAGCUAGACCGGCCCGCCUCCACGCUGCUGGCUGGACAUGCUCGACCCGCCUGCCUGCCUCCGCCCGCCCACCAGCUGGAGCCGGGCCUGCUCUGCUGGGUCACCGGCUGGGGGACUCUCCGCGAGGGGGGCAGUGCUAGUAAUGUGCUUCAGAAGGUGGAUGUUCGCCUGGUCAGCGAGGAAGCCUGCGUUCGCUCUUACGGCCACCUGGUCACUCCCAGAAUGCUUUGCGCUGGUUACCGCAGUGGGGGCAAAGAUGCCUGUCAGGGAGACUCUGGCGGUCCCAUGGUGUGCCAGGAGCCAUCAGGCCGCUGGUUCCUGGCCGGGGUGGUGAGCUGGGGCAAAGGCUGCGGGCGUCCAGACUACUACGGCGUCUACACUCGCAUCACCAGGCUCACUGGCUGGAUCAAACAGGUCAUCAACAGCCCCUGAGACAAUGGGGAACUUCAUCAUCAUUACAUCAAUGUACUCAUAAUCCGAAGCUGGGUGCAAAUAAAAACACUAAUCAAGUGAGGAUAAAAAGUGCUGGAAAAUGAAUUAAGGUUGCUUCUCAGCCAAACAUCAAGCUGAUAAAACGUUAAAAACCCUUUAUUCCAAAGUCAUAAAGUAAUAAAGCUAAUAAUAAUCAACCUUAUUUAAGCAGCAUACAGUGGCACUCAUAAG